UUGAUUCAUCUUUGAGCCGCUCGCUCAUAAGUGCCCUGCGGACGCAAGUCCUCCAGUGUAUCACCGGCAGUUCCUGGAGAGUGCGAAAAUAGCCUAAUAUUAAUAUAGAGGUGUUAGUCAGUUGAGAGCAAAAGAAAAGAAAGAAUGGGUCACAACAAGCCAAGGCGAUUCAAUAGCCAAAAUUCUCAUCGUGGGGAAGGCAGCCGGAACCGUAAUCAGCUUCCACUUGACGAUGAGUUCCCACAGUCCGAUCAAGCUGCAGCAACUGAAGAAGAGCCAGCCGGUCCCAAAAUCAAACUUGCGAUGUGGGAUUUUGGGCAGUGUGAUUCAAAAAAAUGUACAGGACGUAAGCUUUCAAGAUUUGGCUUAAUCAAAGAGUUACGUGUUAACAGUGGAUUUGGAGGCAUUGUUUUAAGUCCAGUUGGAACGCAGUGUGUCUCAAGAGAAGAUUAUAGUUUAAUCAAUAGAAAAGGACUAGCUGUUGUGGAUUGCUCAUGGGCACGCUUGGGUGAAGUACCGUUUGUGAAGCUGCGUUGUAGUGCACCUCGCCUAUUGCCAUGGCUAGUAGCAGCAAAUCCUAUAAAUUAUGGUCGACCAUGUCAACUGUCUUGUGUGGAGGCAUUAUCAGCAGCUUUAGUCAUAUGUGGGGAAGAGGAAACUGCAAAUUCGCUUCUUGGAAAAUUUAAAUGGGGUCAUGCUUUCCUGUCCCUCAACCGGGAACUUCUAAAGGCAUAUUCUGAAUGUGAAAACAGUGCUUCAAUUAUUUCAGUUCAGAAUGCUUGGCUUUCACAACAAAGAGAGGUCCCAAAAGCUCCUGUAGAAGUAGAAGGAGAAAAGGAGUCAUCGCGAACUGAAGUCGAGGGCUCUUCUGAUUCUGAUGAUGGUCUUCCCCCACUCGAAAGGAAUAUGAAUCAUUUGAACUUUGAGGAUGCUGACGAAGAAAGUGAGUGAUUAAUGAGGAUUAUGUUAGGCUUUUUAGCCACAAGAAGUGAAAGUUAGUACUAUGGGGUUGUUUGGUAUGCAGGAAUCUGGACACGGGAAUGAGAAUUUGAAUACUUUUUCAUGUUUGGUAUUGGGUUUGAGUUUUUCUAACCUGAGAAUCUGUACUCAAGGGGUUAUAAUUUUUCCUGAUUCUAGGUUCAAGUGAAACCCAUCUGACAAGUGGUUUUCAGAUACCUAGGAAUGUGAAACACUUCAAAAUUAUUAUUAUUAUUUUUAAAAAAAAAUCUUAAACCAUUAA